AUGAAUUCUCUGCAAUUACACUGCUCCCUUCACUUCCUCCGUCCAAAACACCGUCUUCGUUCCUCUACCACCUUCACUUCCCGCACGUGCCACUUUCCCGGUAAAAUCAAUCUCCGUGAAAAUUCCAGAGUCGGAGCCAAGUCUAUCUCCUUCAAUUGCUUCGCCCAAUCCGAUACAAAGGAAUCAAGUUUCAGAAACGGAGAAAUUUCAGCUGAGAGAGAAGAACCGGAACGUCCUCCGUUCGAUAUCAAUCUCGCCGUCAUACUCGCUGGUUUCGCUUUCGAAUCCUACGCUACCCCUCCGGAAAAGAUCGGGAAACGAGAGGUUAAUGCAGCUGGGUGUAUUACUCUCUACCUUUCUGAGUCAUUUGUAAGGGAAGUAUACGAUGGACAAUUGUUUAUAAAGCUCAAAAGAGGAUUUGAUUUUCCUGCCUUGGAUCCAUGGGGAACGAGUGACCCUUACGUGGUCAUGGACUUGGAUGGUCAGGUUGCUAGAAGCAAAACCAAAUGGGGGACAAGAGAGCCAAAAUGGAAUGAAGACUUUGUUUUGAAUAUCAAGCUACCUCCUGCAAAAAAGAUACAGAUUGCAGCUUGGGAUGCAAAUCUUGUAACCCCACCUAAACGGAUGGGGAAUUCCGAAGUCGACGUGGAAUGCAUUUGUGAUGGAACCUUGCACGAGGUGCUAAUAGAACUAGACGGAAUUGGAGGUGGUGGAAAAAUUGAACUUGAGAUCAGGUACAAAGGAUUUGAGGAGAUUGAAGAUGAAAAGAAGUGGUGGAGGUUCCCGUUUAUCUCGGAGUUCCUUCAAAGAAAGGAAAUUGAGUCGGUUUUGAAAAAUAUCGUCGACUCUGAAGCUGUGCCAGCACGUCAGUUUGUAGAGUAUGCCUUUGGACAGUUAAAGUCACUCAGUGAUGAUGCUCCUCUUAAGAAUAUUAAACUUCGAAACAACAAUGUGGAUGGCUCUGAAAGUGACAAUAACUCUCCAGAGGUAGAUAUGCUCUCUGAUGGUGCUAGUUCAGAGGAUUCAUUGGAUCCGAAUCAUCACGAUAGCGAAGGUAAAAAUGGUGAAGGUGAUGGUGGUGCCAGCAGCAACAAUGUGUCAGUAAGUAAUUUCUGGGGUAACUUCCCAGACAUAGUUAGUCAAAAUAUCGUCCAGAAACUUGGCCUUCCUUCACCUGAGAAAUUGAAGUGGGAUGGAAUGGAUAUACUUGAAAAAUUUGGUAUACAAUCACGGAAAACUGCUGAAGCAGGUUACAUUGAAUCAGGGCUUGCCACAGCUGAUUCUAGAGAUGUUGAUGACGAUGAAAAGGAGGAUGGUAACGCACCGCCCAAGACUUCCCUUGUUGACAUGAAGAGUGCGACACAAGAAUUGCUGAAGCAGGCUGAUAAUGUCUUUGGUGCGUUAAUGGUUUUAAAAGCUGUAGUGCCUCAGUUAAGUAAGGACGACGCUGGUACAGAGAAGGUCAUAGAAAAAGAUGAUGUCUCUGGUUUCUCGAAAAGUGAAAAACUCUCUGGUCUAGUGAAUGUUGAGAGAGCGGAUGAGAAGAACGCUGAGGAAAUGAAAACACUGUUUUCUAGUGCAGAAAGUGCCAUGGAGGCAUGGGCGAUGCUUGCCACUGCCCUGGGGCAUCCAAGCUUUAUCAAAUCUGAGUUUGAAAAGCUGUGUUUUCUAGACAACGACGGCACUGACACACAGGUAGCUAUUUGGCGUGAUGCAAGGAGGAAAAGAGUAGUUAUCGCUUUCAGAGGAACUGAACAGACAAAGUGGAAAGAUUUGCAGACUGAUUUGAUGGUAGUUCCUGUUGGUCUGAAUCCUGAACGAAUUGGUGGGGACUUCAAGGAAGAAGUACAGGUUCAUAGUGGAUUUCUGAGUGCAUAUGAUUCAGUACGGAUAAGGAUCAUUUCGCUACUCAAAAUGGCAAUCGGUUAUAUAGACGAUGCUGCGGAGUGUGAAGAUAAAUGGCAUGUUUAUGUGACUGGCCAUAGCUUGGGUGGUGCAUUAGCUACACUCUUGGCUAUUGAACUUGCGUCAAGCCAAUUAGCUAAACGUGGAGCGAUCACUGUAACCAUGUACAAUUUUGGAUCUCCAAGAGUAGGCAACAAAAAAUUCUCUGAAGUUUAUAAUCAGAAAGUAAAAGACAGCUGGAGAGUUGUAAACCACAGAGACAUAAUUCCCACAGUCCCUCGCUUAAUGGGCUAUUGUCAUGUUGCCCAUCCUGUUUAUCUUGCUGCUGGAGACGUGGAGAGUUUGGAGUUUCAGAAAGAUGGUUAUCAUGGUGAGGUGAUUGGGGAAGCAACACCUGAUAUUCUUGUUAGUAGAUUUAUGAAAGGUGAGAAGGAACUCGUUGAGCAGAUACUUCAAACAGAGAUCAAAAUAUUUAACGCAAUUCGUGAUGGGAGUGCCCUUAUGCAGCACAUGGAGGAUUUCUAUUACAUCACACUCUUAGAGAGUGUGAAAUUGUAUUACAAAGAUGUUGAAGAUCCGAAAGGCCUUCGACUUUUCUCAUCUCUUCACCGACUCACCGUCUUCUCUCCUCGCCACCACCCUCCUCUCCUCUCCACCACCGUUCCCGUUCCCGUCCAAAUCCGUCUCUCCAGUUCGAUUCUUAAACUCCUCUCCACCACCGUUCCCAUAACUCUGAAAAUGCAAAGGGGCUCGCUCCAACACACCCUAUCCGUCUUGGUCUGGCAUUGA